GAGAAGGGGGCAGGGCGUCGGACUGACGUCUGGCCAAUCGCUGGGCCCACCGCGAGCGCCGCUGGUUGCCCCUGGAAACCCAACAGCCGGCCGCGGGAUUCAGCGGCACUAGCAGAGCAGGUGAGAGAUGGACAACCCCUCCGACCCCUCCGAGCCCCCUGGGGCCUCUGAGACGAAAGACGGAGAUGUAGUGAGCCUAGCCUCGCGGCUGUCCGGGAUCAAGGUCAGCUCUGGUCCCCAGUCCCCGGCCGAACCCACGGAGCCGGAGCCGGAAGCCGUAGAGACUUCGGAGGGAGAGGUCGCCGCGGCCGAGCCCCCCGAGACGGCUGAGCCUCCUGAGCCCGCUGAGCCCGCUGAGCCCACCGACAUCCCCGAGCUCCCCGAGCCAGCCGGGUCGGACGAGCCGGCCGACCUCGCCAAGCUCCGGGAAGGGCCGGCGGCCACCGAGGCUGAGGGCGAAGAGUCCAGAGAGCGGGCGGAGCCGGUCGAGGCCGAGCCAGAGGAGCCAGCCGAGCCGGGGUCCGCAGGCGGACCCAAGGAACCGGAGGAGAAAGAGCGGGAGGAGGCGCCGGAGGACAAGGAGAACGAGAAGGAAGAGGAGGCAUCGGAGGAGGAAAGGAAGAAAGCCCCAUUGAGCAUCUCUCUGCAGCUGUACGGGGCUGCCCGGGAGACGGUUGAGCCAAUUCUGGAGGAGGAAGCAGAGUACGAGGAGAUCGAAAGCAAGGGUGUGGAGGGAAGCAGGGCGAAAAGCGACCUCUGGCAGAAAGACCAGAACGAGCAACCCGAGUUCGAGGACUCGGAAUGGACAGAGGAGGUGCAGAGGCUGCAGGAGGAGCAGCUGCGCUCUGAGCUCCUGGACCAGUACCGCUCCCUGAUGGUGGAGCGGAGCCACUACCAGCGCUACAACUCCUACCUGCAGCACAAGAUCUGCCAGGCGCUGCGCAAAAAGAAGGGCCUGGAUGUGGUCGAGGCGCCCGACAUGGGCCCGGAGCCCGAGGCCCCCGAGAAGGAGCACGCGUAUAUCAGCUAUCUGGCGGUGCUGGAGGAGCUCCGGAAGCAGCGGGCCGACGACCUGGCCUGGUAUCACCAGGAGCUGGCCCAGCUGAAGCAGCAGUGCAAGGAGAACCUCUCCAGGGUGGAGAAGGAAUGGCGAAGGUUCCAGGCGCUCAAGAAGCAGGUGGUGAUGCAGGCCAUGGGCAGCUGUCGGAUGAGGGGCGGUCGCAAGGCCGCUCUGCGGGAGGUGGAGCAGCUGCAGGCCCUGGAGGAGAAGAAGGAGAAGGAGAUGAGCGCCGUGAGGCUGGAGAACGUGCAGCUGAAGCAGAGCCUGGUGCACUUCGAAACCCGGAUGAGGGCGCAGGAGGACACCACCGAGGGCCUGCUGCUCAUCGACUUCGAACAGCUGAAGAUCGAGAACCAGACGUUCAACGAGAAGGUGGAGGAGCGGAACGAGGAGCUUCUGAAGCUGCGCAACAAAGUGGACAACAACGUGCGGAUCAUCACCCACGUGAAGGAAAUGCUGCACUUUGUGGACAUCGAGAACGCGGGCAGGAACUCUCAGCUCUUGGAGGCGGACAGUCAGGUGGCCCUGAGGAGGGACAUCUUGACCAAGACGAAGCAAGCCCGAGACGGUCUGCGGAUCGACAACGUCAGGCUGAGCCGGAAGUGUGGGCUGCUGGGCAAGGAGGCGCUCCUCCGGGACAUGGAAGAGAAGGCGGGCAAGACGGCGCUGCUCAAGGAGCGCCUGGAGUCACUGAAGCGCCACCACGCCGGGCUCACUCUGUCCUGCAAGGGCAUGAGGCGCAAGAUCCGGGAGGCCAAGGCCUUCCUCCCCUCCUGACGGCGGCGGCGGGCCAGCUCCCACCUCGGCGGGCCUUACC